UCUCUCUCCUUCUCAGGGUAUAACGUGUCUUGACUAGCUGAGAAUUUUUUUUUUCAACAACACUAAUAUGUAACUAGAAAGAAGGAGGUCCAACAAAGCUUUUCCUGUCUGUGGAUUGUGUAAUACCACUAAAUCAAGCAGGGAUUCCAUGACACUUUGAGAACUGAACAGAAUCUUCAUUGUCAGACUUGGUGCUCUAAACACGGCUUUCAAGGGGCCAUGGAGGUGCUUGUGCUUCUGGACUUUGAGGGGACGAGUCAAGAUGAGUUAACGGUGCAUGUUGGAGAUGUGGUGAAGAACGUCUCGAAGAGCAAAGAGGAAGGAUGGCUGGAAGGAGACCUGAGAGGAAAGAGAGGCAUGUUCCCUAGCAACUUUGUCAAGGAAGUGCCCAUUUACCUAAUAGGGGACAGCAACAGAGAGCCAAGAAGCAUGAGGAAAACGAAGAAACCGAAGGUACAGACGAGGAAAUGCGAGGUGGCUUUUCCCUACUCCGCCGCGCACGAGGACGAACUGGAGCUGGUUGUCGGGGAGACCGUCGAGAUCCUCAGAGAGAUUGAAGAUGGUUGGUGGAUGGGAAAGAAAAACAACCAAAUAGGAGCCUUUCCAUCCAAUUUUGUCAAGGAAAUUUUUGUUCCUUCAAAGGAUGCCAAGUCAACUGAAGUCAAAUCUAGGCCUAAACUCUCUGAAGCUGUCUUCAAUAAAGAGGGAAAAGUACAACAGAGAGCCAGUUUAAGGAAAAAAACAUCAAGUGUCAAGGAAUGCUGUCAGGUCAUGUUUGACUACACGGCUGUUGCCGAAGACGAGUUAAACCUGAAGAAGGGAGACGUCAUAGCAAUCAUCAACAAGUCCACUGAGGACGAUGGCUGGUGGGAGGGGGAACUGAACGGACGCAGGGGCUUUUUUCCUGAUAACUUCGUCAUGGUGAUCCCAGCGGAUGCUUUUCAUCCUGGAAAUGCAAGCCAGCCACCGGUGAGAAGUGGCUCUCAGAAAAACGCAGGGAACCAGAUGCCAGCAAUGGACCAGAACAGCUCUGACACAAACACAAAGACAGAGACUAAAAGUAAUCAUUCUGACCACAACUGUGACAAACCGGACUCUAAAGACUUUCGAAGUGAUCCGCCUGGUAAAAUUAAGUUGCCUGGUCUGCACAAACCACCCGUUCCACCACCACCAGUGAAGGAGAAGCCCAUAAAACUAGUACCAAAAAAUGAAGAGCCACAGCCUGUCUUUCCUAAACAACAGCCCCCAGCUUCACCAGUACAGAAAGAGGUUAAAGAGAAAGCCCCUGAUCAGUUUGAUAGUGUAGAUGUGUCCUCAGAGAAACUGAGCCAUCCCACAGCCAACAGAGCCAAACCUCCACAGAGAAGACCACCAACAGCCCUCACCUCCGCUGCACAAGUUCCAGCUGAAAUUGAAACUUCAGAAGAGAAAGAUGGAUUACCUCAAAAUAUUCCAGAGGGCACAGAACCUCAGUCAUCACCUUCCACCAAGACAGACCAGGUAGCCAAAACCACAUCUCCACCCAAGACCGAGAGCAAGGCUGUGGCUCAGGACGAGAACGCUUCCCUUGCCUCGGUACUGGCAGAACUCAAAGAUCUCCGCAUGGCCCUGAAUCUCCUCAAAACUCAGCACGAGAGAGACAUAAAGGAGCUGAAAGAUGAACUGAAGGAUGAGACAGAAAAACGAACAAGAUUACAGGAUGAGGUGGAGGCUCUGAGGAAAAGACAGUAGGAGUAUUUCACUACCCCAGUGAUUCUUCUCUGGGACAUGGACGGCAUGGAGGCUACAGAAUGACAAUGUCGGGGGAAUGGAAAUCCCGCACAUGUGACUGAUCGAUUGAUGAAAUCCUGGUUGAGUGGUCCAGAAGCCAGAGCUUAAUUCAGAAAGCAGAACUACAAAAGACUAAUGGCUUUCUCAUACACUGCUUAUCAGCUCAUUAGGUUUUGGGAGUCCAAGGCACUCCUUUCUUAAGACAUAUGUGUAAAUAUCAGAUAUCCAAUAUCUCAUGUUUUUUUAAUGAAAUUCAGGGAUAAUGUAAGGUCAUAUUUUAAGGUAUUAACCCACGUUCUAUUAAUAUAUUUCUGUUUUGUGGUUGUAUUCUGUAACAAAUCAAUAAAUUGUUCCACUUGUUUUUGCUUUGA